AUGGUGAAUAAACCCUGGAGGAUCAUCCCCAGGCCACUGUUGGAAACAGUUCUCAACAACCACGCCCACCACCACCGCGUCCCUCAGCCUCUCAUCCUCCACGGCCCUCGCGGCGUCGGCAAAACCACUCUCAUCCUCGAACGUCUGCUGGGCGAGUGGAACCAAGGCCCUCACCUCACCGGCUAUGUCGACUUCGCCGAGUCCAUCAAAGACCACCACCCGCACUUCAACCAGUCCUUCCCUUGGGCCUCUUGGUCCAACUGCCCGCCCCCGGCCUUGCCCGAUUGCACAGACAAACUCGAAAGCUGCCUCGAAUCCAUGGCCCACAAGGGCGUUCAGCUGGGCGCCAUUACCUCCCAGCAAGUCUUCUCCACCCUUUCCAAGUGGCACAGCCUUCACAGUACUCUUCGACGGGUUAUUCAGGGAAAUAAAGGCUCCAAGAAUGCGUUUUCCGACAAGGUUUCCGGCUCUGUUCUGUGGGAUCGGGCUGUUUUCGUGUUGAGUGCUAGGUGUGAUGCUGAGGAGAUUGAUGGGGUGUUGGGGUUGAGUGAUAAGAAGAAGAAGAGGAGCUUGUCCAUGGAAGAGGCUUCGUAUUAUAGGGAGGCUGUUGUGGCUUUGAAGUUGGCUAAGGAGGUUGUUAAAAUACAGCAUAGCUGGAGGCAUAAUGCCAUUGCACAUUUGAAUCGGACUGGUGGGUUUUCGAGGUCUUUGGCCAAUUCGUGUACUGAUUGGCCUUGCUUGUUGUUGGAGCUGUUGUCACAAGCAGCGGAAAUUGAUCAUUUUCAGCCUAAGCUGGUAAUAAACAAUAUUGAAGUUUUGAAGAAUGCAAUUCUGUUAGAUGAGAGUUCAUCAGUCAGUGGAUCGAUGUACCAUGACAGCCUAAUUUGGAGAAUUAUUGCUUUAGGUGCAAAUGAGAGGUGCUUGCCUCUUGUACUUGUGACAUCAGAUAGUUACUAUUCAUACCAAGCUUACAUGGAUUUUGGAUUUCCAGACAUAUUCAUCUCUCGUGAGAUCUUUGGCUGGAAUCCCCAAGAAGCCAAACUGCAUAUGGUUACUGACUACUUCAGUCAUUCAGAGUGGUUGAUAAUUGCUGAGGUGCUUGGUUCAAAUCCGCGGCACCUAUUCGAGCUAUAUGCACUCAAGCAGGGCAAUUACUAUCAGAAGUUGGUAGAUAACAAAGAUGGCACAUUUGAGGACAUUGUGGAUUCUUAUUUAGCAUAUUUGCAAAUUACUGUAGUCAAUCCGGCCAUGGAUAGAGCAUUGGGGUUUCUGCAAAAGUUUUCUGUUGAUGCUCACAGGGGAAAGAUAUCAAAAGAUAGACUGCGCUUCGGUGCCCCUUGGAGACAUCCUCCACCAACUGAUGAACCCACCUUGUGCACUGAUUGGGCAAAGGUCCAGCUGAUGGAUUUUGUGCAGUCUUUCGUCAAUACAGAAUUUGGAGUUAAUUAUCUAGCUGAUUGUAGCCUGGAGAUCUUUGACGAUCCAUCUGCUGUUGCAUUGGUGGAGGUUGGUUUGCUCUAUGCUCAACGGGAUCCAUCCAUCAUUCGUCCCGUAUCUAGAGCCAUUCAACGGUGCCUUGUAAGAUGGCUCGUUCAAGAGAGAUUAAAGAUGGGUUUCCGGGAAUCGCUCCAGUAUUUGUGGCAGUGUAUUAUACGUGGCCGUAGCUAUCGUCAUUUGAUGCUACAAGUAGGCUAUAAGUAGAGCAUGAGAGAGGUCUUUCUUGACAAAUUCAUCUUUCAUUCGGGGAGUGAGGCCCUCACUUCAGGUUCAUUAAAAUAGUAGCUUUAACAGCGUGCAGAGAUGGGUAAAGUCUUCAGAAGCUGAUUUCGACAAAUUCUGUCCAGAUAUGGCUA